GACACCUGUCAUAUUCGGUGACUUUCCAAGCUCCCAAGCUUAAUCCUAUAUUCGAUGGCUCAUUUCCGCGCCAAGUGAAGCAUUUCACUUACCUCACUACUUACUUAAACCCCAGACAUAUAACACCCACAGCACUCCGAUUUCACAAUGGCCUCUUCAUCGUUCGAACCGCGGUGGGACUGGUCCUCUACAAUGGACAAACCGGAUGGCAAUGACACGGCCGACGCGCCGACGCCUCCCACAGCAGAGGAGCCCGGCCAGGCAUCCGGGGCUGCCGGCACCUCGGACACUCCAGCACCGGAUCCAACUCCCACACCAAAGCAACGGCGCUACCUUCCGCGGACCUGCCGCAUCUGCCUCGAGGUGGUCAAUCCCACGACCGAGAUUGACGAGUCGUUCGCAGGCCGGGUCUUCUCCAACAAAACCCGCGUGCGCUACGUCUCGGAGGACCCGGAGCUCGGCCGCCUCAUCAGCCCUUGCACAUGCAAAGGCUCGCAGAGGUAUGUCCACGAAGGGUGCCUGCAGGCCUGGAGGAACGCAUCCCCUCUCUCGGACCGGAACUUCUGGCGGUGCCCGACCUGUCAUUUCGAGUACCGCCUCCAACGCCUACGAUGGGGCCGUUGGCUCUCGAGCCGGCUCCUUCGGGUCAACCUGACCCUCUUCAUCCUGGUGGCUACCAUCUUCCUUCUGGGGUUUAUCGCCGAUCCGAUCCUUGGUUUCUGGGAUGAUCCGUUUGGUAGCAUCGUCGGGAGUCUUAUGGACAUCGAGUUUGAGGAGCCGAUACUGGCGGAUGAUGGGCCGAGCACCUGGGGCGGUCACUUUCUAAGAGGGUUUCUUUCUCUGGGAAUUCUGGGGUUUUUGAAGACCAUGUUCUUCAUGUCACCGUUCAAUUGGAUCAACCUACGGUUUGGAGGCGCGGCUCGUCGGAGACGGGGCGCCGGGAGGGACAGAAUGGAGCAGAUCAACUGGGGUCUUGUUGUUAUUGGAGUGCUGACGUUCUUGGGGGCAACGUGGAAGUUCGUCAAUCAUCUUAUGGCCAAGACCCUUGAGAAUGCCAGGGACCGGGUCGUCGACGUCCAGGAGGACGAGCCGGACGAAGACGAAGUGGAUGAUGAUGUUGUACCUGAUGCCGCACCUGAUGACACGGCGCCCGACGCGGCGACCGACGAGUCGAGAAAGGAUAAGUAGUAUGUAAUUUUGGGCAGCGUGUACUGAUAGCAUUAUUCUUCUUCAACGGCGAUAGAUAUUCCAACCUCGCAAUGCCGCCGAGUGU